AGUUUUUUGGGGGUUACCUUUAAAGUUUUGGUAUUAACUUGGCUCAAGCCGUGGCAGCUGCAGCAGGCAGAGCAACAACAUGCCGCUGGGCAAGAAUUUGGCCAUUGGCUCCGAUGAGGCGCGUCGUCAACGCGCCGAACUCCGCACCAGCUAUGGCAAUAAGUUAUCCAAUAAGAAUCUGGGACGACUGCGCGACAGAUCGAAUGGAGCUAGCUCCACAUCGACGGCGACACUGACGACGGGCACGUCAUCGCUGCGAAGGAUUGCGUCCAGUUUUGCGCAGGUUAGCGAUGUCGAUUGCGGUUCCAAUGCCGCAUUGCCGCACGAGGAUUCCGAGGAUGAUGUCAAGGAGGAAUUCGCUGAGGUUCUCAUACGCAGCCAGCCGUUUACAGCAGCAAAAGCGGCAACCGGAAGCGGAGCAAGUGCAUCAAACUACUCCGCAGCGUAUCCAGUUAGCGCACUGGUCAAUAGAACACGCGCUGGAGUCAGAGCUGGAGCUGGGACUGGGACUGGAACUGGAGUGAGUGCGGAAGUCAGCAAUGUGCCGGAACGACGAAAUCGUUUCAACUGCUCGGAUGUGAUACAAUCUCGGGCCAGCGAGCGCUGGGGUCAAAUUGCCUGCACCGUGUCCGCUCUCUUCCGGGUGCGUCGCAUCUCGCAUGCGAAUCCUCUGUCGGAGCUGCAACGUUUGAGGGAGCAACGGGAUCUGCUCGAGGCAUUCACACGUCCCUUUCUCUAUGAGGAUGGAGCGCAUACCAAAUAAGUGAACCAUCAACACAGACACCACCAUCUCCAAAUGACAAAGAAAGGAUCUUGUAAACAAAACCUAUUCACAUAUCAUUCAUAUUCAUUCCUUUACAAUACUCCAAAAAAAGAAGAAAGAUUUUCAUAUGCUU